AUGAAAUUGAAUAGCAUAAAACAAAGACACGUCAAAAAGAUAAUAUCAAUCGUCAAACCAUUAGAUGCAUUGAGGUUUAGUCUAUGUCCUUCACGAAUGACAGAUGAACAGUUUUGGAUGAUCUACUUUAUACAUAUUUCAAAAGUUGCUCCUAUUUCAUUUGAACUCAAUAAUAAUAACAAUAAUAAUAACAACAAUAACAACAAUAAUAUUAGUAAAAAACAACCAGAAUUAACAGCAACUGAACAAUUGGAAUCACAAUUGGACCAACUAUAUGCAAAACAAAAGAUGACAUUUGAUCAAGGUAUCGAUGAUGAUGAAGACAGUUACUACUCUAACAAUAUAUAUGUGUUUUCUAAAAUCAAAGAAUCGAUUCAAAGACAAUCGACAGAUCAUCUAAACAAUAUUCAUAGUAUCACUCAAAAAUAUAACGAAUACAAUUCAAUCAAUGAUCCUUCUACUCCAAAUUUAGAUGGUUCUCCAGUACUUUCAAGUCAAAGUAGUAGUGAUGAAAAUACUACUUCUCCAAAUACAAAUAAUAAUAAUAAGGCAAAAUCACCAACAACACCAAAUACUAACAUUAAAAAUAAUAAUAAUAAUAAUAUAAAGAAUAAUAAUAAUACUAAUACUAAUCAAAAUAAUAAUAAUAAUAAUACACCUUCAACUAUACUAUCACCUAUUAAAACUCCCAGUAAAACACCUACAACCCCAAGUAAUCAAGAUUUUGCUAGUUUUAUGGAUAGUAUGAAUGAUAGUAUGGAUCAAGGUGCACCUGUUGUGGAUAUUAUGAGUUCAACAGAUGCUUUACAUGAAGAAAUUAAUUUAUAG